AUGCAACUCACCAGUUUCCUCCCCGUUAUCCUCUCCACCCUGAGCCUGACCAGUGCUCUCCCCAACGGUCAAGCCUCCACCUGGACAGCGACCAACUUCCAACUCCAAUGCUCCCCAGGCGGCUGUGCCUACCGCUUCAACAUCACCGCGCCUGCAUCCGAGAACGCGCCUGGCUUCAGCACCUACUGCGAGGGCCUCACUCCCAAUGCCACCGCCUGUGCCAACAACACCAUCACGGCCGCAGUCAGCCCCUUGACUAACCCGACGUGGAAUGUCAAGGUCCAGCACGAGUGGCAUGUCAUUGAGGAGGACUACAACUCUGAGGCUACCUACUGGCAGGCUGGCAGUGCUAAUGUCACCGAGACUACCACGGGCUUCUCCAUCAAACCUGAUGUCUUCUAUGGCGUCGCUUAA